GGCGGGUGGGGUCGAAGGGAGAUAAUUUGGGAGGCUGCGUACGACACCAGGGCGUAAGCGCACCAGUCGUAGACGAACGAUCAACCAAUCCACUCGUGUCUCCAUUACCCAGUGAGAGUACUCCUUCUCGAGAUGUGGGAUGACGUAGAGGAAGAAACUCCUGCACAGCCCGAGCCAGAACCGGAACCGGAAGCGGCGCCUGCUGCCGCUGCUGACAAUGCCUCAAAAGAAGAGGCCGAGCCUCCUGCACCCGAGAAUAUUGUAUUGGGCACUGAACCCAAAAAACUAGUAUUCAAACACUGGAUAAGGCCCAAAUUCCUCCAAUACGCCUACCUCUACGACUACAGGCACAACUAUUAUGAUGACGUGAUUAACUACAUGAAUAGGCGGAAUCAAGGGCUACCUGUUGAAAAGCCUAGAGCGCAGACAUGGGCCGAGCGUGCUCUCAGGACUUACAUCUCCAAGAACAUCUCGAGUUAUAGCUCGCGCAGCUCCAACAGGGACACAACCCUGCUCCACCACAUCUCGACUGGCGCUCGUUUCCACCGAUACCACAGCAAGUCCCUCAUCUCGAGGAAGUAUUCCACACUAGGAUUUAACACAGUCUCCAUUUAGCUUCGCUCUAACACCCCGCUUGACCUGGCUUCACGGACUAACCAUGGCCCACCGGCGUGACCUCUCUCUCGAUGUUGCAGGAUCUCGUUGGUGUGAACUGUGAAACCGCCUCCAGACUACUCCUUCGGUGUGAAUGAUCUGUUCGGAAGCCGUCCGCAUUCCUAUUUUAAUCUGUCUUGUUUAUAAGACAAUAAACUAUUAAGUUC